GAGCGGGCUCGGCAGUUGCCGGCCGUCGCGCGAACGCGAAACGUGUAUCAGAACGUGCGUCUCCGCGCCCGAUGACGUUAGAGGCUUCAGUGACUAAUAACGCCCGAUAACGCCCUAAUAACGUCGAUUAGCGCCGUCUAUUGUUCCCUAAAAUUCUACUAUGGGUCCAAGUUUUUUCGGGUGACGGUAGUGCACGCGAUGGUCGUCUAUUUCCCGACACGAUCUUUCAGUUCACAGUGAUAAUGAAGUCGCCGUAAUGAACCCUACUAAAAAUGAAUGUACAGUUUGCGGUUUUGUUUGGAUUGUUUGCGCAUUCCUCGAUGAAAAAUUCCGUCGGAUGUUCCAACGAGGUAUCGUUGGAUGAUUUAAGUGCUAUAUCCUUCCUGAAGAAUUCCCAGUUAUUCACCAAUUAUCCAGAGAUGCUCCAAGAAUAAUGCCGUGUUAUUUGUGAGGGAUUAGACAUUUCAAGUGCGCAGCUGACUCCAAGUGGCCUCUUAGCGAGAACCCGCACAAUUAACAUCCGUCGAUUUCAGGGGCCUGAGGUAGUACUAUGAAUGCUGUGACAAUAUGGACCGCAGCAGCAGCAGUUUUAGUCAUUUGCUUAGAUACAACAAAAACUCAAGAAUCCGACAGUAUUUUAGCGUCAGAGCAAUCAAGUCCACCUGUAAAUUCUACAAAAAAUCCAAGAAAAGGCACAAAUUGGUAUCCUGAGAAAGGAGUAGAGACUUCGCAGAAUGAUUCCUCUGUACCUUCCCCGUCUUUAGGGAAUCAAAACAAGGUGCUGAUUUCGCAUCAGAAUAGUACCGUCAAGCCGCUAGUUCCUCUGCAAGACAGGGGGGCUGAGCUCACAUUUUACGAGACGGGCGACCAAAAGGUGUUCAUGAUGGCUAAAAGUAACGCCUUCAUUCAACUCGACGGCAACCGGAUCCCCACAUUUCAACUAAGGUUAUGUCGAGAAAUCUCAUUUCAGUUUCGCACUCGUCUUCCACAUGGUUUACUCGUAUACCACAGUGUCAAAGACAGGCCAGAACAGUUGGAUCCAUAUGCUCUCUACGUUAUUGUAGAGAAAGGACAGCUCAAAGUUGUUCACGUGUUCGGAAAGUGGUCCACAUCUGUUAUAGUAGGAGAAGGUCUCAACACGGACAAAUGGCACAGCGUGAUGGUGCGGAUCGACGUUCAUGGGGCUCGGCUCAUCGCGCGAGUGGAUGAAAUGCAGCAAGAAAUCGGUCUCCAAGGACUCCAGGUUGCUAAACCUUACGGUAUUACGUACGACCUCACAUCUGUGGUUCUUAUCGGAGGAUUAAGCCCCGAGGAGAAACUGCACGGAGUCAAAUAUAUUAUAGAGUCCUUUGUUGGUUGUAUAAAGGACAUGGUGUUGAGUGCCGGAAAAGCCGCUUCAGAUCUCCUCCCGAUCGAACCUUUGAUCGCAACUAAACAUGACAAUGUACAAGAAGGCUGUAUAAACAAGUGCCGCACUUACGAGAAUUUAUGUUUUGUUGGAAGUCAGUGUAUCAAUCAUUACAAUGAACUUUCUUGCGACUGUUUUGGUACCCACUACGAAGGAGAACAAUGUGACAUUUACACUGCCACAAUUCUCACAUUGAGAGGUUCAUCUUACGUUUCUUAUCGAGUCUAUGACUGGAAGGACAGGGUGCAUUCAAGUAAAAACAGAAUUAGCCUUCAGUUCAAGACGCGGUUUGACGACUCGGCGUUGUUCUACGCGAGCGGAGAGUCGCCGCAACACCACCACAUCGCGGUGUCCAUCGCAGGCGGGAGCGUGAUAGUGGAAGUGGAGCUGGGGAGCGGCGGCCCAGUCGUUGCCACCCUCGGCGAGUACAUCAACACGAACCAUUGGCACAACCUCACCAUCUCGCACGACGACACCACCGUGAGCAUAGUCCUCGACCAGUUCGCCCAAGUCCUCACCCUCCAAGGACCCAAGCUCUACCUCUACAUCGACCCGGAGAUCUACAUCGGCGGAGGCCCCGAGCUCCACAAAAAGAAAGGUUUAAAGUCUUACAACAACUUUGCGGGAUCACUAAAGUAUGUUUUUUUCAACGAGAUUUCAAUAUUAUAUGAGCUUCGACGCGGUAACCCAAAAGUGCAUUACAUUGGUAUGCUGGAUCCAGAGUUUACAGAAGCGGAAGUCGAGACCAUCCCCAUUACAUUCCCGUUUCCUUUUUCACAUGUUUGGUGGCCGAACUCGUAUCAGGAUAACCUCGAGCUCCAAUUCGACUUCAAGAGCAAGAAGAACAUGGCCAUCCUUGCCGCAUUUGAUUCGAACAUCACCAAUGGUGAAGGUUCAUGGGAGAUGAAAGUUGUCAAUGACGAGAUUCGAUUUGAGCUCAGCUCAGAUCAAAAGAAGAAUAUAACGACACUUGUUUCAGUGAAAUUUGAUUCAAAGCAAGCUUGGCAUACGAUUGAACUAAUCUAUUCCAUUGGACAACUUCGGUUGACUGUUGACUUCAAGCAUCGACAGGUGGCGGCUCUGCACAUCCCUUUCUCAUCUAAUGGCAGGAUUAUAAUCGGGAGCGGAGCGAAGAAAACCAACUUGGGGCUCGUCGGAUGUGUGAGACAGAUUCACAUCAACGGGACACUGUUGGAACCACGGUUCUUGGUCAGGUCCCCACAUAAGGUGGGCCAAGUCUCGAUCGAUGACUGCAAACUGGUCGAUCCGUGCACCCGACCAAACGCCUGCGAGCACAAUGGCAAGUGCUCCAUAAAAGAGGACAACGUCACCUGUGACUGCAAGGGAACCGGCUACAUCGGCAAAAACUGUCACUUUGCUGAGUACAGGAAAACUUGUGAGGAACUGGCACUGCUAGGGUACACGAAACCCGACGUAUAUUUGAUUGACAUCGAUGGAAAUGGACGUUUUCCUCCAGCCCACGUUAAGUGUGAAUUUCAGUCACCAGAAGACUCAACGAAAACGAUUGUCGAACAUAACUUACCCAGUCAAAUUGAUGUGCGGGGUGCGAACGAAAUCGAUUUCAGCUUUAACAUAACUUACAGAGAAUUUACAGCGGAAAUGCUCACAGAGUUGAUAUCACACUCGUUGAACUGCAGUCAGUACAUCAAAUAUGACUGCUAUAAGGCACCUUUGGAUCUCCACUCGGCCACCUGGUUCGUAUCGGCUGCUGGCCAGGGCACCACUUCAACCGUCGACUUCAUUGGUAACGUCAAACGAGGCGCUUGUCCGUGUGCAGUUAAUAGGACUUGUGUGAACCCGAAUCAAUCGUGUAACUGCGAUAUAUCCGAAAACAAAUGGCACUCGGACGAAGGAUUCUUCAUAACGCCUAGCAGUCUGGGCAUUACUCAAAUGGUAUUUCUUCAACAGGAUGAUCUUUACGACGAUGCCCAGGCUCGAAUCACACUUGGACCUCUAGAAUGUGUUGAAACAAAUACACAAAAGUAUGUGGUGACCUUUACGACAAGUCAAUCUUACAUUGAAGUCCCUGGAUGGAGGAAGGGUGAUAUUGCAUUCAGUUUCCGAACCACUGGUGAAAAAGCUAUACUUUUGUAUCAACCACCAAUUCGACCAAACUAUCCUUCUUUCAUGGUGGCUCUAACUAAUGAUUUUACACUGACAUUUACUUUCACUUUGAACAACGGGCGCCCGCGGGAGCUAAAAGUGAAGUCACAGAGGCGACUAAACAACGGCGAGUGGCAGAAAAUAUGGAUUGAUUACAAUCAACAUCAUGUGAGGUUCAUGAUCAACACGGACUACGAGAUGAUUGAUCUUCUGCCGGAGCAACAAUUCGGUCCGUUUGAGGGAAGUAUGUUCAUUGGCGGCGCAACUGAAGAGCUGUUACAAGAGAGCUCAGUUCGCCAAGGACUCAUUGGUUGUUUCCGCGGUUUGGUGGUUAACGGAGAGAUCCUGGACAUUUACUCGUACAUGAGCGUGCAUCUCUCAGAGAUCAUCAAAGACUGCAAACCGUCCUGUGACCCAAACCCUUGUCAGAACGGCGCCGAGUGUAAAGAACUGUGGAGCAAAUUCCAGUGCGUUUGUGAAAAUUCGUGGGCAUAUUCCGGCACAUACUGUGAAACAAACAUCAAUGUAAAUGGAUUGACUUUUGUAAAAGAAGAGGCGUACUUCCGGAAGAACUUUUUGAUUUUCAACAUAUCUGAUGCUGAUCGGACAUUAUUUGGAGAUUUGCUGCGGGAAACAACACUGCUCAACUUGCGGACUUACGAUAAAAAUUCGGUCGUCCUUUUUGCUAAUGACCAUUUGAAUAAUUUUGUAUUGAUUUAUAUAAGUAAUGGGACGACCGUAAAUUUUCUCUUCAACUAUGGGAAUCGCAUCAAAAACAUCACAAUCGAUUAUCAAGAUCUAAAUCAAGGAAAUUCUGUUCAGUUAGCUAUCGUACGCAAAUCCAACGAAACGGUUCUCUACGUUAACAACCGAAACAAUUCUGUCCCGGUCGGUGUCAAACUCUUGACUCAAUACUCAAACAAACCCUGGGUGAACCCAGAAAAAGAGGUCCUCGCUCCGCAAAGGCCACUGGCUCCACCAACAGAAUACUUUCAAGUCAACAUUGGAGGAUAUGACGUGGAAAAUAUAUUGUACGGUAGCAGUGCUUCGAUUCGUUUGAAUGGUUACGUCGGAUGUAUUAGGGGCCUAAAAAUCGGUAACAACGUCGUUGAUCUCGUUCAGCAAGUCAACAAAUCGCAGCCAGCUGAGACGGCAGGUAUCAUUAGUGGUUGUCAAAUGAAAUGUGAUGAAAAACCAUGCAAAAAUAAGGGCGUCUGCAUAGAGGACUUUCUGAAAUUCGAGAGUACCUGUGAUUGUGAACUUACUUCCUACUAUGGAGAAUUCUGCGGUCAAGAGAAAGGGGCUGAUUUUGGAGGUGAGUCUGUUCUUCAAAGGAAGUUCAAUUUGGUAGGAUCAGUCUCGCAGGUCAAAGUUCAGUUGGCAUUUUCGAGCAGUGACGAUAAAAAAGAGAGAAAUCAGGUGUUGCUGCUUUUACAGACGGAGAAUAAGAGGAGUUAUUAUUUACUGAUAGCCUUGAAUGCUGAAGGCGAGCUAAUUUUUGAAGAAGACAGAGAAGGAGCCAGUGGUGGAUACGGAGCCCGCAUCAAGUAUCGCUACUUCCUGAAUGGAGCACGACACUCAGUAUAUUACAAGCGAACAGCAGAAAAAGCUUGGUUAAUGGUGGACAGAGAACAGGUGCCAUUAGUUCCCAUUCCGGUUCUAAGUUUGACAGAUGUUCCUUUGGAUAAAAACAUCGGGACGAAUGAAGUCCAAAUCGGAGGAGUGAACACGUCUGAUCCUCGAUUCGCUGCAUACAAAAGUUACAGUGGAUGUUUAUCGAAUGUAUUCUUAGAAGUGAACGGUGUGACUAUGAAACCUUUGGACGAAUACAUGCUCUUCACGAAAGGCGGCGAGGAAGUGACGGUCAUGAAUUCCCAAGGUGUGAGAAGCGCUCAAUGCGCAUUUUUUGAUGUCAACAAUAAACCACGUAUAGGACCCUCCUUCAAUUUCAGCGCUAGAGCCGAGCAGACAUGGGCUGAGGAUCCUCCCGAAAAGAAAGAGUUCAAAUCUCUUUACUCCGAUUUACCUGUUAAAGAAGAAGGAGCUAGUAGAGUGGUUUUCAUCAUCAUGACUUCCGUAUUUUUUACCAUCAUCAUCGCUGUGUUGUAUCACGUUUAUCGGAACCAUCUGCAAUGGAAGAAGCGGAAACAGCAAGAGAUAGAUGCAGAUAUAUUAUGGCAGAAGGGCCAGUCAGUGCAAUUUAUGGAACCCCUCAUGCCACCCACAAUAAAAAUUACCUCUUACCAAAAAAUUUCAACCGGUGAUGAACCACCGAGCAAAAUAGCGUAUAACGGCGCCGAGCUGAAAAUAUUGAAUAAGAAUGACUACAAACAAAUCACACCAACAUCAGUGGUUCGAUUUAGGACUAGUGAAGAUGAAGACUCGAACGGGUUGAAAGAAAACAACAAAAUAAUAGAAAAAGAAAUUAUUUGGGAGUCAAUCGAGGAAGAAAAUGAACAUCUUCUCGAAGAGGAGGCGGAAAACUUGGGAGGCUCCGAAAAGGAGGCUGACAGUGAAAUGAAGGAGGGAGAUGAGGAUAGGAUCAGCUCGAAAAGCACUUAUUCAAUCGCUACAACGGAAGGAACCGAUGAUGUAGAGACAUCGACUGCCUCAAGUGAAUACAGUUCGAGUAUCAGGGGACUAAAAAAAUCUCCACGAGUGAAAAUACCCGAUGAUACCACCAGGCAAGUUUCAAUACUACCACCGACAACAAAAGAUCGAUGCAAGGCUGUUUCUGAGCGAAUUUUGGCAUCGGCGUUGUUUUCUCAAGAUAACAGAACGUUCAAUAACCCCAUUAGUUACUUAGGAGGUCCCGUGACUGGGCAAUCGGCACAUUCGUACGAGAGAAGCACUAGCAAAGAAUCAAUGAUAUCGUUGGAUUAGUAACAAAAUUGUCGAUGAUGAACUCGUGCCUUAUCUCUUUCUCUAAUAAGAUCCCCUCUUCCAUUCAUAGAUUACUGACACACUGGCCAUGACUGUAAAUAAAUGCUCAAAAUGUAAAAAUUCCAACACAUGACGUGUCCCCUGAA